CGUUGAAGAAGCUCAUGGUGGGCAUGAAUCAGCUGUAACAUAGUAUUCAUUCAUUUAUUAAACAUUUAUUAAGCACCUACUGUAUGCCAGGCACUGUGCUAUAUAGAAGAAGCCACAUAAAUGAGGUCACUAGAACAGUGCAUAACUGGGGAAGGGCCUGGGCCUGUCAAAUAUCAGGUUUCUAGAGGAAGACCCUUCACCAGCUCAGUGGAUCCCCUCAGGGGAUGGGAAUGUUAGGACAGGAGCUACAUUGGAUGAGGAGGUCUGCAGGAAUUGGGAUCUACUCGGUGGGGGACCCACAUCCCCAAGAUCACAGAUCUAGUUGAUUGUCCAAGUAAGCAGGAGGUUGAGGGUUUGGGGGUUUGGAGGCAAGGAAUUCCAAGGAAAGGAAACCACUGAGUAGUAAGGUGAGCCCUCUUAUGCCCCAAAAGUUUAUUGUGCUUGGAAUGUGUUGGUAAAUAUUUAACAACCAGCUCUCCAAAAAAACCCCAAAAGCAACUAUGCAGGAUACACUUUUAAGUUUGAUCUUCAUUAUUAGCAUUUUCUUAUCACUUCCUAAGUCUAGACAAUUAGCAGAAUAAUAAAUCGUGUCCCAAUUUGUGGCAUUUGCUGAUUUCCAAAGGGCAAAUGCUUACCCGGGAAAUUUAACAACCGGCUGAAGAGUCACUAUGAGCUGACUCCAGACAGUACAGCCUGUCACUGCUGACUGAUUUUACCGCUUGAAAUUCUUCUCACAGCGGAGGAAGCCGUGCUUGCACAGUGGGAGAGAAGACUGGAAAGGCUUACAGCUCUAGGAGUCAGGCUCUACCAGCCAGCACCUACUGCUUUCCUUCCUCACUCCCAUUUUCCCCCAAGCCAGCUGUUUCCAAACACUUGCCCUCACCUGCAGGGCCCAGGCUAACCGAGUUGGGAUUGAUUCCCACCUUAACAAGAAGCCAGCUUCGUUCCCCAGAGGAGGGCUGGGAAGCAUCCGUCUCUCUGGGCGAUCAGUCUCUCAUUUCUCCACCGUGGCUCAGCCCUUCAGGUCCCCAGGGUCUCCUGGGUGGACGGUAUGGAUUACUGACUCGAUCUAUCCUUCUGACCAUCUCAGCCCCAAUCCAACUCGCUCCUCGUCCUGAGCUUCAGGAGCUCUCAGGAAAAUGACCUCCGGACUGAGAGGAAUGGAGCAAAGCAGUCACCAGGGGCUUCAACGAGGGGGCAGUAAGGGAGCAGCCAGCUCCCCUUAGGGGUCUGUAACCAGGCAUAGAGUAAUUAUAUCCCAAGUCAUGUCUGCCCAGAUGUUUGAGGGGAAAGAUCACGCAGCCAUUUACCAGAAGCACAGGUUCCCUCCGCCCCAGGAGCUGCUUAACAUCAUCUUCUCCUAUUUAGAAGAAAAGAAAGGCAAACCCUAUGACCUAGUGGUGGACGUCGGCUGUGGAUCGGGUCAAAGCACCCAGGUCCUGGUCCCUUACUUUGCCAGGGUCCUGGGGACAGACAUCAGUGAAGCUCAGAUUCAACAGGCCAAGCAAACUCCCAGCCCUUCCCAAGUUUCUUACUGUGUCUGCCCAGCAGAAGCGCUGCCUGUGGAGGAUGGCUCCGUGGACCUGCUCACCGCCUUCACAGCCGCGCACUGGUUUGACAUACCGCCCUUCAUGAGAGAACUAGAGCGAGUUCUGAAGCCCGGGGGCUGUGUGAGCCUCAGUUCCUACACCCCCAAAAUGAGGAUUCAUUACGGACACUGCUCUGAAGAGCUCACAGAGAUCUUCCGGGAGAUUCAAGCUGUCCUUAAUAAGUAUGCACAUGAAAAAUUGCAUGUCCUCCUCUCUGAAUACCAAGAGAUAUUUGAUCUUAUGCCUUUUCCAGACAAAAAAAGAAUUAUUUUUCAGGGAAGUGAAAUUUCCUUUACAGUUGCUGGCCUGAUGGGAUUUCUGCAGUCCUUUUCCAUGUUCCAAACGUUUAAGAAUGCCCAGCCAGAGGCGGCUGAAGCCCUCCUGCAGCAGACUCAAUCAAGAUUCUUGGAGACCAUGAAGGUAUCUUCUCUUGAAACUCCAUUAGCAAUAACACUUGAAUAUAUUUGUGUUUUGGCUUGCAAGACUCCAAAGGAGAAGGUGACAUCUUAGUUUCCAAAUAAACAAAACUCCUAACCUUG